CUUCGAUAUUCUUUUUAAUUGGAUUAAUAUGGAUUUUUCUGGCUUAUAGCAGCCAGCAAGGAGAAAGUAGAGGCUUCUCCCCUUUUCUGGCUGGUGGAACCUUGAAGCAGAUGGAGGUAGAGAAUUUAAGCAGCCGACUUUGCUGAGAGUAAAUCCCACUGGAUGGAAUGAGAUUCCUGGGUAAAGAUGAAUUGGAUGGGGACCGUAUAUCCUGCGUAGGCUUCACCCCCCGCAUGUUUAAGUGCAAUGCUACAAGUUAAAGGCCCACAAACCAUAGGAAAAAGGGAAUAAUGGAAGUUUUUCAGCUACGGGCGCAAACAAAGGCACGCAAUCAAGAUUACCGAGGCUCAAUCGGUUCAGUGGAACUUAAUUUUGGAAUAAAUGUGCUUUUAACAGUGCUGCCUUGGCAGAUCAGCGCAGCCCCGAACCCUCACUAGAGUGCUUCAGUAGUUGGUUUAUGGUGACCCACAGGCUGGGGACUCUUGCUCCCUCCACGAAGCUGGAGUAAACGCCACGCCCGGCAGACUGAGGAUGCUGGUUCCUACAGCACAGGAAGUAAGCUGCAGGAGUUUCUGUGCCUUGUUUAGCUGUUCCUCGCGGGCAAGAAGGAGGCAGUGGACAUCAGUCUGCACCCACCACCCAGUGAGGUUCACUUAGUACAGCGGCGUAUUUCCAUCCUUGUAGGUGCCAUCAGAUAACAGAAGAAGAGCAGCCAGCCUCCACCAUCAAUGACCUAUCCUACUCAAAUUGCAGCUCGCAUAAUUUUCAAAAGGGUUAAAAGUUCCAUAAGGGACAGAUUGAGGAAGGAGCGGCCGGAAUAAAUUAAAUAAACCAAAUUCCCCUAAAGUCACCCAUGUGGAAAGAAGAAGGAAAAGCUUCAGGCCACGCUGAAUCACCGCAGGGAAGAACCCUCUCUUCCCCGCGGACAGACCGAAAGCGAUAAGGCAGCGGUGCCCGUCCAGGAGUAGAUCCAGGAGGGACGUCUGUUGGCCAGAAGAGGGGAGCAGGACUCUCUCUUCCGAAUGGAAAACGCCUCCCUCUCGCCCUUCCCGACCCACUUCACCCCGGGGCCUGAGAAGGUCACGCCUUCGGCCCCGGACCGCUACCUGGGCAUUCAAAAGAGCCUGCACCUUCUCUCCAUCGUGGUCUACGGGGUGGCGUGUCUCCUCGGGGUGACCGGGAACGGCCUGGUCAUCUGGGUCGCCAGCUUCAGGAUGGAGAAGACGGUGAACGUGGUCUGGUUCCUCAACCUGGCGCUCGCCGACUUCGUCUUCACCCUGUUCCUGCCCCUGAGCAUUGCCUACACGGCGCUGGGCUUCCACUGGCCUUUUGGGAAGUUCCUCUGCAAGUUCAACAGCAGCCUUGCCUUCCUCAACAUGUUCGCCAGCGUCUUCCUCUUGACCGUCAUCAGCCUGGACCGGUGGGUCUUGGUGACCCACCCGGUGUGGUCCAGGAACCACCGGACCCCCAGUCUGGCUUGGGGCAUCGCGCUGCUCACCUGGGCGGCCGCACUGAUCCUCAGCUGCCCGUACUUCCUGUUCCGAGACACGGCCGUCGGCGCCAGGAACGUCACCAGCUGCUACAAUAACUUUGCCCUCUCCAGCAAUUACACCAGCGAGGAAAGCCGGAUGCUCUGGCGGAGGAGGCACAGAGCCAUGAUCGUGGCCCGAUUCCUGUUCGGGUUCCUCCUCCCCUUCACGGUGAUCGUGGUCUGCCACAGCGUCGUGGCCUUCCAGAUGCAGCGCAGGCGUCUCGCCAAGUCCCCCAAGCCCGUCCGGAUCAUCGUGGCCGUCACGGCCUCCUUCUUCCUCUGCUACUCCCCCUACCACGUCCUUUCCCUGCUGGAGAUGUCCAAGAUGUCCGGCAGCCCAGCGGUCAAGACGGCGCUGCACCUGGGCGUCCCGCUGGCCUCCAGCCUGGCCUUCUUCAACAGCUGCCUCAACCCCCUGCUCUACGUCUUCGUGGGGCAGAAGAGCUUCCGGCGGUCCGUCCGGGGCGCCUUUGAGGGGGCCUUUGGGGAGGACUCCAUCCUGUCCUGGUCCGGCAAGCGAAAGCCGAGGGCCGCCUCCCAGGCAGAGCCACAUGGCAUAGCCCGCAAAGCCGGCGUGACAGGUGGUGAUGGUGAUGAUGGUGACGAUGGUGCAUGAAGGAAGGGUCCUCCCCGCGCUCUAUCCAUGUCCGCUUCCCGGUCCAGGCGAGCGCCAGCGGGACCCAGCUGUUCUCGGUGCCAAGGGUUGGAGCCACAGGCCGACCUCCGAUUGGCCCCCCCAGGCGGAAGCCCCCUCCCGGGCCCCUUCCCGCCCUCUGCCCAUGCCCAGAGAACACUUCUGACUUUGUGCGCGAGCUGGUGGCAAUAAAGU